CAGUUCAGGACCUCUGGGUGGUAAAUAUACCUAAUAAUUCAUCUCUCGCUCUCUCGCUCUGGUUGUUCGUGUACUGUGAGUGCGCAGAAGUUAUUUGGGUACAGUGAUGGCGGCUGAAAACAUGUUUCUGUACUGGGGUUCCGGAAGCAUCCCUUGCUGGAAGGCCAUGUUGGCUCUAGAGGAAAAGGGGUUCGGGGGUUACAAGAACAAGCUGUGUUCGUUUCAGAAGAAGGAACACAAGAGUGAAGAGAUAUUGGCCUUGAAUCCCCGAGGCCAGCUUCCAACGUUUAAGGAUGGCAACAUUGUGGUCAACGAAUCGAAUGCCAUUAUCGAAUAUCUGGAGAGCGCAUACCCAAACAAUGGUGCGAAAUUGCUCCCCGACGACAAAGCGGAAAGGGCCAAGGUUUACCAAGUGUUCCACGAGCUGGCCAACCUUCAUGACAUAUUUGUUGAGAAACUGAUUCACUACAAGAUGUUCACCCCCAAAGACAAAAUCGACGAGAAUUUACUCAAAGAAAAAUAUGAGGCUUGUAGAAAAGAAAUGACCGUUUGGGAUGAGAAGCUGAAAAAGGGUGGCGCUAAUGCGUUUAUCGCCGGGACGUCCUUCACAAUGGCGGACUGUACAUUGUACCCAUACCUCGCCAUCGCCAAGAGACUCGGCUUAAAGAUGGAGAAGUGGUCUGCACUUGAUGCCUACUACAACAGACUCACAGACCGACCCAGUGUCAAGACCACGUGGCCACCACAUUGGAAGGAAACCCCAGGGGACACAGCCGUCCUUGGAGACAUCUAGUGACGUGGUGUCGAAGCGUAACAAGGGACGCAAUCCAUGAUACUCGCUAUAUAAUUAUGUAAAGAACAAAACAAUUAUCUUGAUCAAUCAUUGACAUUAAAAAAAGAAGAAGACAUUUUGAACUUCAUCAUUAUAUGUUAUUGUCUAUAUGUUCAGUUUCGCUGAAUUUCCAUAUAUUGUCAUUAUAUAUUUUUUCACUAUCAUUAAAACAUUUAAAUAAUU